AUGUCGAGAUUGAUCUCGACAUUGAACACAUUAAUAUGUACGGGGGGACUCUAUAUCAUCCCAUGUCCCCAUCUCUUCCGUUGCUGCCCCUUCCCCGACUCCGUGGGUCUCUCUUCUGCUGUUGUGGUCAUCCAUGAGGCCGUUACUCCUAAGCCUGUCGAGAUCGUUGCGUCUCCGGCUGUUUCUGUCGUUUGUAAAAUAAACCACUAUUGCGCCGUUGCUGUGCUUCUGAUGCAAAUGGUACAGGUAAUCCAAAGUGGUAUCCGUUUUGAGUGA